CUCAAAACCCAAUUGCCUCCAAAUCCCAAAUAAGCAAACAAUUCCCCACUUUCUGAAAAUUUCGUAAGCUUUUUCGACAGUUAUUUUCAAUUUAAUUUUUCCUCACCUUGUUCUGCAACCGAUACAGAGAGUAAAGACGAGGAGAGGAUUUCCCCUGGAAAAGAAACUUCUUGAUUUUCUGUUUGGAUCCUGAGAUUCAUCAUUCUCUCCCCAUUUUUCCUUCUUAUACCUUCUCGUGAGUAUCUCUCUCGCGUUACCGGCCUCCUUUACUCCGCGCGGCCGCUCACCAUUCCAGUCCCGUGAUCAAAUUCAAAGGUUUGAUCCUUCAAUUGCUUCGAUUCACAUUUCUGGGUUCGGCUCCCAGUCUACGAAGGAGCUGCUAAAAAUGGGAUCUUUGUGGUUUGAUGGGGCGAUUUGGGCAAUGCCGUUGCUUUCUUAGGGAUUCCGCUCUCGAGAGAAUUGAACUGGUUUGAAGCGAGCCCGAGCCCUAUUUUUGUGCCCAUAAGGGAAAAAAAUCAAUAUUUCUUCGAUGAAGCGGCGAUGAGGAGAGGAAGAGAGGAAUGGAGACUAGAUCUGAGAGCAUCGGGUUGAGGUCGGAGAAGCUUGGUGGGUCGAGUCCAGUGAUCCCCAGGACACGGUUGCAGGUGUGGUUCAUAAGGGUUUGCUCCAGUAUUCUCGUAUGGACUUGCUUGGUUCAGUUGGUGGCGGUUGGGGAGCUCUGGCGCCCACGUUUCAUCACUAAUUUAACUACUAGGUUCUCUCACACCGCCGGCCCUCUACACCUCCAAGUUGCCGUCCGGCCACCGCCUCCUCUUCCUCCGCCCAGAAAUUAUACCAGUAAUGGUUUCCUUAAGGUGUCCUGCAAUGGAGGUUUGAAUCAGAUGCGCUCAGCGAUUUGUGACAUGGUGGCUGUUGCUCGGCUAUUGAACCUUACCUUGGUUGUUCCAGAGCUUGAUAAAACAUCUUUUUGGGCUGACCCCAGUGAUUUCGAAGACAUCUUUGACGUGAGACAUUUCAUCGACUCACUGAGGGACGAAAUUCGAAUUGUUAGAAGACUGCCAAAGAGGAUUAGUAAGAAGUAUAGACAUAGAGUAUUGGAGAUGCCACCUGUUAGCUGGUCAAAUGAAAAAUACUACCUACAGCAGAUUUUGCCACUUUUCAACAAGUCAAAGGUGUUGCACUUUAAUCGGACAGAUGCACGCUUGGCUAACAACAUGAUUCCACUUGAACUUCAGAAGCUCCGGUGCCGUGUUAAUUUCCAGGCACUAAAAUUCACUCCUCAAAUUGAGAGUUUGGGCCACAAAUUGGUACAGAUUAUUCAUGAAAGGGGACCUUAUAUGGCUUUGCAUCUAAGAUAUGAGAUGGACAUGUUGGCUUUCUCUGGUUGCACUCAUGGCUGUACACGGGAAGAAGCUGAAGAACUCAAACGGCUAAGGUAUGCAUACCCUUGGUGGAGAGAAAAAGAGAUAAACUCCGAGGAGAGAAGAUCCCAAGGCUUAUGCCCUCUAACUCCAGAAGAAGCAGCAUUAGUUUUACAAGCAUUAGGGGUUGACAAGGAAACUCAGAUAUAUGUAGCAGCUGGUGAAAUAUAUGGCAGUGAACGUAGGCUUGCAGCACUAAGAGCUGCUUUCCCUCGUAUUGUGAGAAAGGAAACAUUAUUAGAUCCAUUGGAGCUGCAGCAGUUCCAGAAUCAUUCAUCUCAAAUGGCUGCCCUGGAUUUUAUGGUCUCAGUAGCUAGCAAUACUUUCGUUCCUACCUACGACGGAAAUAUGGCAAAAGUGGUCGAAGGUCAUCGCAGGUAUCUUGGAUUCAGAAAGACAAUUCUGCUUGACCGGAGAAGACUCGUAGAGCUGCUGAAUUUGCACCAGAAUGGUACACUUCCAUGGAAUGAAUUUACAGUCGCUGUCAGGGAAGCACACGAGAAAAGAAUGGGGCAGCCAAUUCGCCGCAGGGUCAUCCCAGACAAGCCAAAGGAGGAGGAUUACUUCUACUCAAACCCUGUAGAGUGUCUUUGUGAGGGAACAACAAAUUGUGAUGACCUACUUGGCAGUGGUAAAUCCAACUCCAGUUCCGUCCCUUGAUGUUGAUGGCAUGGCAUAAGUGUUGUAGCUCAUGACACAUAGCUAGGAGAGAAGCUCACAAAGGAAGUGAGGUGUCCCCCUCAAUGUUAUGCACAGGCGGUUGGUGGCUUUAAUGACCGCAAUGAGACUCAGAAGGUUAUACACACAAGUUGAGGCCCUUUGAAAGAAACAGCAAGAAAAAGGUGAUCCCCCAUUUAGUUUCUUUUUCACCUUUGUCGAUAGUUAUCUAUUCUUUUUGUUUUCCCCUCUUUUCCUUCUGGUGAAGAUCACUGAGUGUUAGAUAAUCUCACAGUUUCAAAGUUUGCAAGUGUAGCAUUCUCAUUUUCCAGCUCAAGAACAUUUGGCUGUAAGCCUCUUGUAGUAGUCACACUGCCCACAUCAAAGAAAGAAAAUUUCCUCCAGCAAUACAUUGACUUUGGCUCUCACA